AUGACGGCCGGUCCAGUGAGGAUCGCGGUCGACGCGAUGGGAGGGGACUACGCACCCGGAGAGGUGGUCGCGGGGGUCGUGGCCGCAGUCCGCGAGGGCGGCCUGCAGGUGGGGCUCGUCGGCGACCCGGAGGUCGUCGGCGCGGAGUUGUCCCGCCACGACGCGGGGGGACUUCCCAUAAUGGUGGUGCCGUCGGAUGGCGUGAUAGAGGAGGGCGAGCAGGCGGCGCUGGCGCUUCGGCGCAAGCCCAGGGCGUCCAUCCUCGUGGCGACGGGCCUGGUGAAGAAGGGCAUGGCCGACGGCUGCGUAACGAUGGGGUCCACGGGCGCGGCGAUGGCGGCGGCGGCGGUCAUCCUGGGACUGCUGGAGGGCAUCGACAGGCCGGCGCUGGGCGGGCCUGUCAUCGGGCUUGCUCCGCGGACGGCAGUGAUAGACGUGGGCACCAACCUGGACUGCCGUCCAGCACAGCUCUUGAAUUUCGCGGUGCUUGGAAGCGUCUUCGCCAGCCUCUUCUGGGACAUCGAGGUCCCGCGGGUCGCCCUGCUCAGCGUUGGCGGAGAGGUGGGCAAGGGCAACCGCCAGGUCCGGGAAGCGUCUGAGCUAUUCGAGCGAACGCUGCCGAAUUUCAUAGGCAACAUAGAGGCGAACGAGCUGCCGAUGGGCAAGACCGACGUCGCGGUCGCGGACGGCUUCGUUGGGAACAUCGUCAUGAAGCUGACCGAAGGACUCGGCGCAGGCAUCGCAGAGCUGGUCGCGGAGCGCCUCAAGGGCAGGCUGCCGGACGACCAGGUGGAUGAGCUGGCUCGGGAGAUAUACGAGGUCAACAACCUCGUAGAAGUACACGGGGGAGGGCCGUUGCUUGGAGUGAGGGGCAUAAGCGUAGUCGGGCACGGGCGCGGCAAGGCAGACGCCGUCCGCCGCGCCAUCGGCACCGCGCGCCGGUCCUUCGAGGGGGACCUUGCCGGCACGCAGGCCGCACAGCUACAAAAAAUACGAGAAGCCGCGCCUGAGAGCGCUUGA